GGAGGUCCGAGGGUUCUUCCCAGCUGGUCCGAUGUGCAACGCUCGUGCAUCUGGGCGCACAUGAAUGGACACGUGAAGAAGUCUUGAGGAUGAGACGAUGGCGCGAUCAGGUGUCUCCUGUGGGGGCAUCCCGACCCGAGGGCGAGGCGUCCAGGCGCCCGCGGAGAGGCGGACGCCCAAGGGCAGCUUCGGCUUCUUGAAGCAAUCGGUGGCCGGCCUGGUCGGACGCUCCGAGGAUCCAAGCUCGCCACACAAGAGGCAUUGGUUCGGGCUGGGGGCCAGACAAAGAUCACCUCCAUGCGAGCCUGAAGAGCGAGCUGCAGGCACGAGUCCGGUGCCGGACUUGGAAGGCGGCGACGGACCAGGGCCUUUGGCCAUGGUGCACGCGUCGGGCACCACCGCGGAGGAAUUCGCGGUGGCCAGCCAGCUGCUCGAAGGCCUCUACGGGAAACGCCUUGAGGCUAAGAAGGCACUGGACAUCUUGGGCACUGUCCCGGAGAUCAGCUGGCUCGUGGAGUGCUACUGCAUGACUCCAGCCCAGCCCGGCUGGCGGAAGAGCAAAACGGCUCCGGGCGACGUGCCCCUCUACGCGGACGAAGCGACCGGGAAGGUCUACGAAGCCAUGCCGUGCAUCAGGCACUACAUGCGCAUGGCGGAGCUGGCCUUGACCGCGCGGAAUUUGCCAGAGAAAGCCGAUGCGGCGGCGGCACAGCUCCAACAUUAUGUACAGUCCUUGCAGGCAGAAGUCCGCACAACUGAGGCGGCGUGGACGGGUCCACACGAAGAUUCCGAGAGCCAAGGGCACUACUAUCACAACCCGCACACUGGCAUCUCCACGUGGGAGAACCCCACGUACUGCACCUCGUUCAUCCUAUCAGUGGCUGAGCAGCUGCAGGACUCUGAUGCCUUUCCACAAAGUGAUGGGCGGAGACCGGCUUCCAACCGCGCGUCAAAGGACGCACCGUUGGCACCGAAGAUGCCCCUGCGUUCGUUGGAAGAUCCCUGGACCUCGCUGGAGAAGCUCGAGGCCAUGAAUCCUCCCAAGAAGAGCAAGCCACAGGACGUGGAUGUGGAAUCCUUCCUCGAGAACUUGUCACAAGCCCAGGCUCCUCAGGCGGACCCGAGCUCCCCGAGCGGGCACUCACCGGUCCAGCUGGUGGCCACCUCCCCGUCCGCCGUACGAGUGAGGGAUGUCCGGAGCUGGCAACCCGUCCCCAGGUUUGAGGCCAACCAAGUGGCGCUGGAAGAGGUGCACUCGCCCAAGAAGGAGGCCGCGGCACCGGAGCUACACUCUCCGACGAGAAGAGUGCCCUUCAGGUCCGAAGGGAAGGCGGGGUCACAGGGCAAGGUGGACGAUGUGCGAGAGUGGCAGCCAUCACCUACCAGGUGGGACUCGAGCAGCCUCACCAGGGAGGGCGAAGGCGGCAACAGCCCCUAUCGGGAUGGCCGCCUGAGACAGUCGGCCGAGGCGGCGGGCGAGGAGGCCUGCGGAGGCCCCACGGUGUCCUUUGCACCGCUGCCGCCGGAGCUUGAAGCUGAUUCGCAGUCGGCAGCGGUGGAGCCAGCGCCAAUGCCUCCGCCAUGAGGUCAUGGUUUCCUUGCCGGCCGCUCAACCCCUGACCGGCUCCUGAAAAUGAAAAAAAGACCCGGAAGGCGUCUCUCCUCACAUGGUGCGAU